AUGGCAUCUGGCGUGUAUUUCUGUGAUAUAAAGGGUAAGCCGAUCUUAUCCCGAAGAUAUAGGGAUGACAUUUCGAUUUCAGCCAUUGAUAAUUUUGCUCCAUUGUUAUUUGAACUGGAAGAAGAGUCGAGCGUCAUACCACCAUGCUUGAGCCAUAGAGAUGUUCAAUACAUGUUUAUUCAGCAUGAGGAUCUAUAUGUCGUUGCAAUAUCCACUUCUUUGCAAACCAACGCAGCUCAAAUUUUUACUUUCCUGCACAAACUGGUAGCAGUACUUGGUGACUACCUUAAAACUGUUGAAGAAGAAUCCGUUCGUGAUAAUUUUGUUAUAAUUUAUGAAUUGUUGGAUGAAAUGAUGGAUUAUGGGAUUCCUCAAAUCACGGAAACAAAGAUGUUGAAGCAAUACAUUACUCAAAAAUCCUUCAAGUUAGUGAAGGCUGUCAAGAAAGUGAAGGCCGUUGCGAGACCACCCACAACUUUGACCAAUUCCGUCAGCUGGAGAGCGGAAGGUAUCACAUAUAAGAAGAAUGAAGCAUUUUUAGAUAUGGUAGAGUCUGUCAAUAUGCUGAUGACUCACCAGGGCCAAGUAUUGAGGUCUGAAAUAAUUGGUCAAGUAAAAGUUAAAUCUCGUCUUUCAGGAAUGCCAGAUCUCAAAUUGGGCAUAAACGAUCGGGGAAUUUUCUCCAAAAUUACAAGUGAUGUUGUAAAUGAUGGCGAACCCUCUUCAAUAACAUCGGGUAAGAAAAAGCUAAAUGUUGAAUUGGAAGAUCUAAAAUUUCAUCAAUGUGUAAGAUUAAGCAAGUUUGAGAACGAAAAAAUUAUAACAUUUAUUCCUCCAGACGGUGAUUUUGAGUUAAUGAGUUAUAGAUUAACCACACCCGUCAAACCUUUAAUCUGGUGUGACGUUAAUGUGCAGGUUCACUCCCAAUCAAGAAUAGAAAUACACUGUCGAGCUAAAGCUCAAAUAAAGAAGAAAACCAUAGCAAACAAUGUUGAAAUAUUGAUACCUGUACCUGAUGAUGCCGACACACCGUCAUUCAAAUAUUCUCACGGUUCCAUCAAGUGGGUACCUGAAAAAAGUGCAAUACUGUGGAAGAUAAGAAGUUUUUCAGGUGGUAAGGAAUAUUCAAUGGCAGCUCAAAUGGGACUACCUUCAAUUAGUGGUAAUGAGAAGCCGAAAUUCAAAAGACCUGUGCAAGUUAAAUUUCAAAUACCUUAUUUCACUACGUCCGGCAUUAACGUGCGCUAUUUGAAGAUUACUGAACCGAAACUGCAAUAUAAGAGUUAUCCUUGGGUUAGAUAUAUCACUCAGAGUGGAGAUGAUUAUACGAUUAGGUUGAACUGA